GCUACUUACUUCCAUCCGACAGCCAAACAUCUGCCUUGCAGUCGGGAAAAGCCGUGCAGUCCGCGGUUGCCACUAUGCAACAGUUUUAUGGGAUCCCAGUCACAGGAGUUUUGGACCAGACAACUAUUGAGGUGUACCGUGAAGGGUGACGCGGCAAGCAGUGUCGUGGCGUGGAAGCGGUGUUUGUUGCUGCUGCCUGGCUCGCUCCUCCGGUCAGGUUGCCUGGAUGUUGUGCCCUGGCCGAACGUGGCUGCUGGUGGUUCGGAUUGGAGGAGCACCCAGUGGCUCCAGCAGAAGAUGAGGUCUUACUAGUGCUCUCUGGGGAAAGAGGCAUCGCGUGGUGGAUGAAGAAGCCUCGAUGUGGAGUCCCGGAUCAUCCCCACCUACGCCGUAGCCGGAGGAAAAAGCGGUAUGCUCUAACUGGGCAGAAGUGGAGACAGAAACACAUCACAUACAGUGUGCACAACUAUACCCCCAAGGUUGGAGAGAUCGAUACGAGGAGAGCCAUUCGUCAGGCGUUCGAUGUUUGGCAGAGGGUGACACCACUUACCUUUGAAGAAGUCCCUUACCAUGAAAUUAAAAAUGACAGAAAGGAGGCAGAUAUUAUGAUAUUUUUUGCUUCUGGUUUCCAUGGAGACAGUUCUCCGUUUGAUGGAGAAGGUGGAUUCCUAGCUCACGCUUACUUUCCUGGACCAGGAAUAGGAGGAGAUACUCACUUCGAUUCAGAUGAGCCAUGGACCCUGGGAAACUCAAAUCACGAUGGGAACGAUCUCUUUCUGGUUGCAGUCCACGAGCUGGGACACGCGCUGGGUCUGGAACACUCCAACGAUCCCAGUGCUAUCAUGGCUCCCUUCUACCAGUACAUGGAAACACACAACUUCAAACUGCCCCAAGAUGACCUCCAAGGAAUUCAGAAGAUCUAUGGUCCUCCUGUUGAACCCUUGGAGCCAACCAGGCCUUUACCGACUCUUCCUGUUCGCAGAAUUCACUCCACCUCGGAAAGAAAACAUGAGAGACAGCCACGACCGCCUAGUCCUCCUCUGGGUGACAGGCCAUCGUCUCCUGGGAUGAAACCGAACAUCUGCGAUGGCAACUUUAACACCGUGGCUCUCUUUAGAGGAGAAAUGUUUGUUUUUAAGGAUCGCUGGUUCUGGCGGCUGCGCAACAACCGGGUGCAGGAGGGCUAUCCCAUGCAAAUCGAGCAGUUCUGGAAAGGCCUCCCCGCGAAGAUUGAUGCAGCCUACGAGCGGUCUGAUGGGAAAUUCGUUUUCUUCAAAGGAGAUAAAUACUGGGUUUUUAAAGAAGUGACAGCAGAGCCAGGCUACCCACACAGUCUGGUGGAGCUGGGGAGCUGUCUGCCCCGGGAGGGCAUCGACACGGCUCUGCGCUGGGAGCCAGUAGGCAAAACCUACUUCUUCAAAGGCGACAGAUACUGGAGGUACAAUGAAGACAAGAGGGCAACAGACCCAGGAUACCCAAAACCCAUCACCGUGUGGCGAGGAAUCCCUCAAGCUCCACAGGGAGCUUUCAUCAGCAAAGAAGGCUUUUAUACCUACUUCUACAAAGGGAAGGAGUACUGGAAGUUUGAUAACCAGAGGCUGAGCGUGGAGCCAGGCUACCCCAGGUCGAUCCUCAAAGACUGGAUGGGCUGCAACCAGAAGGAUGUUGAGCGAAGCAAGGACCGACGCCUCCCCCACGACGAUGUGGAUAUUAUGGUGACAAUAAACGAUGUGCCUAGCACUGUAAAUGCAAUCGCAGUUGUCAUCCCGUGCAUUUUGUCUCUGUGUAUCCUUGUCUUGGUAUACACAAUCUUCCAGUUUAAAAACAAAGAGGUGCAGCAAAACGUUGUGUAUUACAAAAGACCUGUCCAGGAGUGGGUAUGACACAGCCCGCUGCACACUGCAACUCAUUGAGCUGAUGAGGACGAUGGACAAAAAGGAAAAAAAAGAAGAAAAAAAAUGCAUUCAAAAGCCUACCAAACGAAACUACUUCAGUGACUUAUGAGAUUUGGACAGCCUGGGACUGAAAGCAGCAGGAAAACUGGAAAAAAAUACAGGCAGCCUUGCAGUGUGGAGCCUCUUUUCUUCUUACUGCCUCAGUCGUGCGUCAGUCUUGGUGUGCCAUCCUCCACAGGCUCGCUCUGCGAACAUCAGAGUCUUCAGGACAGGUUUCAACUGACCUGGGAAACUUCCUUCAGUUCCCUGUUAAACCCAGCAUUCUCCAGUGUAGCCAAACCACCUCUGAACAGAACCAUUUUUUUAAUAGCUGUCUCAUAAAUGAAUUACGAUCAUGAAAUCUAUGAACAGGAACAAUUCAGUAUCGUAAGCAGAAGACAUUCUGAUGCUGAACCAUUCUAAAAGAUCUUAGUUUAUUACGAAAUCCAGGGAAUUUCCUGGGUACGAUUUUCCAAUACCUGCUGGUCAGAUGUUUUGUACAUUCAUAACGAAUCAACGCUGCCGCUCAGCACAGUGCAUGAGGAACCCCUGAGCACUCAGAGAGGGCGAAGAGUGCGGAGCAGACGCUCGAGAAGCACCAAACCAGACACCGCAAGGUUACCUGGCGACAUCGAGCCCUAGAGUGGGACAAUCUGAAGACAGAUUGGGUCUAAACGAAACAAUCAUGGGAAUACAUGUUUUUGUUUUGGGAGCCAUUCAUGAGAGAAAUAGUUCAAUGUCAUACGGUGUUGUUUGCAGCUCCCGUCAGCAAGAAACAAUGAACCGAUGGUUACCAAUAUACUGAAAAAUAUGUGUAGAUGUAGACUGCACUCUGCCCCCCCCCCCAUUAAGAUGCUGGGAAAAGAUGAAUUGUUGUUCCGUGGCAUGUGUAACUAGAUUGUGGAAUGUGUACGUUGGCUUUCAGGAGAAUGGAAAUGUUUGUUUGGAGUGAGGUCGUUGUUAUAUUUUGCUGGAAUAGUCAAGUUACAGUAAGAAUUAGGCCUGUUUAUGAAACAAAAUCCAGUCCCUGUAGCUGUUACAGACAUUGUAUGCCUUUGAAAUUUGUUUUUUUCCUGGUUUUGCUCACUUCUUCACAGGCAAAUAUUUGGCAAGGCCAAUAGGAAGCGCGCCGCACAGUAGGAUGAGUUUGUUGCUAGCCACGUCCGACAGAAAUGAAAUCAGGUAAAGGCUAGAAAAAUACCUGAAUGUUCAGCUUCUCACAGGUCUCUUCCAACAGGAGGAGCUUCUGCUUCUCCCUCCUACAGCUGCGAAGGGUUUAGGAUGUUGCGUCCUAACCACAAACUGAGUCUGUUCCGUUGUUGAUGCUGGUAUUUCUACCAUGGUAAAUAAGAAUGGAAGAAGAGUUUCUUGCAAUGCAAUGGAAAAUCCAUCCCCGUAAGGAAAUGCCAUUCAUGUAAGUGUCCGAACCGCUUUGCACGCUCGCUGUGAGGAGCAGGUGAUGCCCGUGAGCCCUCUACCUGUCACUGAAUGUUGUUCAGCGCGAUGUAAGCACAACACAUGGAAUGUCCAGGUAGGAUAGAGAAAGUAGAGCUUUGUGAUGUCAGCCAUGAACAAAACAGGAUGACAAACACGCUAGAAAUAUUCCUAAUUACAACGAUGAGGGGGGAAGAAGUGGGAAGAUUGUUAGCAUUUUAAAUUGCGAAGCAGUGCUCAAAUAUUGCUGUGGUGAAGCAGGAUAGGCAAGCAGACCCUUCUAGUGACGCCCGCUAGGACUGCAUCACACGUGGUCUCAAACUGUACUUUGUCUUUCAUUACUGAGUUCCAUAACCGAGCUGUUUAUUGUGUUUAACCAUUUAAAAAAAAAAUAUUACCGAUGUAUUACAAAACGAGAAGCUAGUAGAUGCAAAACUUGGAAUUUUAGUGAAAAAAAAAAACGAAACAAAAAACCCCUGUGCUAACGUCUCAUGAUGGGUGAAGGAGUGCAAAGGACCAAACGAAAUCGGAGCGACUAAUUAGCCACCCCCACGCUACUCCGUCCGUUGCUAUGUGUACUCUGUAUGUGGUAGGAUGCACACCACGAACACCACAUGGCACAUCGAACUCAUCUGUACGCUGCCAUCUCCUCUGGGACUGUGACAGCCCAAACCUUUGAGCAACUUCCAACAGCCAUCAUUAAAAAACCGAACAUUUACAGCCAAGAGAAAUGUCUGGUUUGGUUUGUGGUUUUUAUCCUUCUGUCCACAGGUUAAUUUGGGGGUCAGUUCAAGCCCCCGGGUUGCGUCAGGAGCCACACGAGCAGCACAGCGCCAGGGCUGGGGCAAACCGGGCUGCUUCCUCACAUGCCAAGUGUUGCUUGAUGGAGCUGAGCAUGGCAGGGACGUACCACCUGCCCUGGACUGUUGAAAUUCAGCCUGCCCCAAAGAACUACAGCGUCAAAGAAUGGCAGAAAUUACAUUGUGGUUGCUCCACAACCGGCUCCUGGUGCAGGUGCCGGUCUCUUCGCCCAAGUAAUAAGUGAUGGGGUGAGAGGAAACAGCCUCAAGUUGCACCAGGGGAGGUUUAGACUGGAUAUUAGAAAAAUUUCUUUACUUGACAGAGUGGUGAAGCACUGGAACUGACUGCUCGGGACAGUGGUGGAGUCCCCAUCCCUGGAGGGGUUCAAAAACCGUGUAGCUGUGGCAUUUGGGGACAGAGUUUAGCCGGCACAGUGGGGUUGGAUGACCUGAGAUGUAUUUUCCAACCUUAAUGAUUCUGUGAUUCUGUGUCAGGCAUUCAUCUUUCCAGGGUGGGAGGUACUUGUGUAGGUGAUCCAGGGGUUGGGAAGAGGCCCUUUGA